AUCCCUCACUAUGGAGUCAAUUAUUAGUGAAGAGGAUAGGAAGAAAAGAAGGAAAAAGGAGCUUAUACAAGAAGCUUUUCAGCAGCUCAUGGAAGGGAAAAAGCAGAAGCAGAAGCAGAAGGGUUUUGAGGCAGAAGAAGAAGAAGAAGACCUUCUAAUAUCCAGAUUACUAAUCAAGUUGGAUUCGGUCGAAAGAGACGGCGAUUCGAUCCGUUCAUUUGAGAAUUCACAUGAGCAAGAAGUGCCCGAGCCCGAAUCGAAGCCCGAAUCAGCAAGUGUCAGAAAUGUCAGAAAUGUCAGAAAGAGCAGAACUGAAGAAGCAGCUCUAAAUGAGAUGGCCAAGGAUCUGAGGAGAGUGAAGAGGCAGAACUUCAUAACACACUGCCUUCUCUCCGUGAUCGUCGUCGGGAUCGCCGUCUGGCAGUUCAACGAGGUCUCGUUCCUCCUCGCGGUGAAGGAGAAGUUCAGCAACCCCCUGCGGGCUGUCGGGGACGCGAUCAAGGGGUCGAUAAAGUGGCGAAAGAAGAAGAAGAAGCAGAAGCUGCAGAUUGAAGGGGGAGUUCCUGAGCUCGCUCGCGGGGAUCUGCCGAAAUUGGUUCUGAACGACGAGGGCUAGAAUUCGGUGUGAUCGUCGACGCUUCUUGCUUUCGCCGAGAUCGUCUUCUACGUCAUCUUAAUCAUUGUCGCUUCUUCCUCGCGGCAAAAUCAGCGUUUUCUCCUACCUCUCCUCUACUUUUUAGUCCCUGCCUCCUCUUUGUGUUUUCCGUUGUCGAAAUUCUACCUGUGAGGUACCUGCCUUCUCGUCGAUUGUGGAUCUCCCGCAAUCGUGUGAUCAGUGUUGUGCGAUCAAUGCACUUCUUGUAUCCUACCUUCUCCCUCGUCUCUUAUUCCUUUCAAUCUAACCCCUUCUACCAUUACCAACUAUUUGUAUCAAAACAACUGAACCUAAAAAUUUUAAGUUUGAUAAAA